CUUGUCGAAUUGAGCAACACCAUCUCCCCUCUCGUCUCUAUUCCUUCUCGGAAGAAGUCCUUGUCGAAUUGAGCAACACCAUCUCCCCUCUCGUCUUUAUUGAGGAGGCUCUGCAGCAUCGAUCAGGAGGAGGAGGAAGAAGGAACGCGUUGAGGAGGAAGCAAGAAGAGCAAGAGAUGAUCCGGAAGGGAAGCUUUUGGUCCAACACCCGACGCGCGAUCCCUCCCCUUCGCCUGCACACGUCGCACGGAUCGCAACGACUGCACUGGCUGCACCAUCCUCCUCUCGCGAACGAGAUGGAGUGGCGCAGGGAAGAGGAGGAGAGGCUGGUGGAUCUCGCCAGGCUGCCGGCGCUUGUUGAUUGGAGAGCGGUUGCGGCUGAGGUGGGUCGAACGCCGGCUCAGUGCAAGGAGCGCUACGAGGAGCUGCUCGACGUUGCAUGCGCGAGAGACGGGCGCCACGAUCCCAGAGACGACCUGCGAAGGCUUCGUGCAGGAAAGGUGGGACCUGACGACGAGGACGGCCGGACACCGCCGGCAUGAAAGUCAAUCAAUCAUGCCGGAAACCGCAUGCGGCAGAACCCAAUUAGCAUUCAAGUUUUGUUUAUUUGGGAUACGCUUGUUUGGAUUAUUAAAUAGAAUUUUGGUUUCUUAGUGUCUUGAGUUUACCCUCAAUAAA